UAGUUGUCUGUCUCUGAUCUUGUUGUUCCUCCCUCCUCCACGUAGAACAGUGUUGGGGUUGGGUUGAAUAUGUUGUUUUUGUCAUCUUAAAUCUCAAAUAAAAAACUUUAUGUAAGAGACACGUCUUCUUCUCUGAAACAAAGCGGCAUUUCUUUGCUUUCGUUGAGGCAUUUCGUCGAACACUUAGACGACGACUUCUAUAUAAACAUCUUUCUCUCGUUUGCCUUGAAAUGGAUAAGCUUCUUGAGAAUCAUCAGUUUGCGACUCACGCUAUCGCAGCAUCGGCCUCUGUAUCGCUAGGAACUGCUCUCUCUUACCCUCUAGAUACCAUCAAAACCAUCAUCCAGGUUGGUUCAGGACCCAGUAAGAAGCUAAGCGCAUCUCAAGUCGUGAACAGAGUUUUCAGCUUCUCUGGCUAUUCAGGUUUGUACAGUGGUCUUGGAUGGUUAACUCUGGGAAGAAUAUCAGGUGUUGGUGCGAGGUUCGGUGUCUAUGAGAUUCUCACAGCUUUCUACAAAGAUGGUCGACAUGAUAACUAUGUGCAAGUCAGUGAAGCUGUUCUGGCUGGGAUGGUGGGAGGUGCAGCAGAAACAGUGAUGACUUCUCCCUUUGAGCUAAUCAAAGUCCGACAACAAGUUACUGCUGCUUCACGGGCUCCAGCUGCUGCAAAAUCCGCACCAGUGGUUUCACCAAUGAUCACAAAGCUACUAAGGAGAUACACUCUUGAUGUAAAGUCACUGACACAAACAGUCAGUCUCUUAUCCGUCUUAAACCAUAAACACCCAAACAUGACAGCCGCUUUGCAAGAGUACCCAUGGAUGAUGACUGGAACAGGGAAUCCACCAUCAGCCAUGGAUGUUAAGAGACCGUUGGACGUUGCAUCACUUGAAGGAUGGAGAGCGUUAUGGAGAAAUCUACGUUCGGGUCUUGUUAGAGAUUGUCUUUACGGUGGAGUGUUCUUCGGGACAUGGCAGUUUCUUCACGAGGCAAUGAUUGGUUGGAAAGCUGUCGGAAUGAAUCCUCUGCCCAGUUCAGAAGAAGAAGUUGGACCUUUAUCUCCGGUAGCUAUGAGCAUUGCCGCUGGGUUUUCCGGUGCCAUUGCAGCUGCAGCGUCUCAUAGCUUUGACACAGCGAGAACACGUGCACAAUGUGUAAUAUUGCCAAAGUAUACAGCAAAAGAGAGGAAGUUUCUGAAAUGGAAUAAACCGGGAAAGAGAUUAGAGAGAUGGACAGGAAUCCAUCCUACAGACAGAAACUUAUUGUUCCGAGGAAUUGGGAUUAGGAUGGCUAGAAGCUCCAUUGCAUCUACCAUUAUCGUUGGAAGCUAUUACCUAGCUGUGGAUUUAUUGGUUCCAAAGUGA